AGCGGGGGAAAAUAUUGCUGUCAAGUUUGGCUCUGAUGAACAUUCCACGAACGAGAAUAUUUCUGGAUUAUAAAAAUCAUUUAACAUCAAUUAACAUCGAAUAACAUUACAAUUGUUUGUUAUCAAAACAUUUGAAUUGUGCCAAGAAAUAAGGAUAGCUUAUUUGGGCAGAGGAAUCACCUGUGAGGAAUUUCGAGAUGGCUAAUUUCUGUGCCGUUAAGGGCUGCGAAAUAACUCGUUCUCGAUACAAAAAUAAAGCUGAAUGUAUUACCGUGCAUAGAUUUCCCAAAAGAGAGGAUCUGAUCUUGAAAUGGAUCGCUUAUUGUGGACAAGAAAAACAGUGGAAACCUCUAGGUAACCAAGGAAUUUGUUCGAAACAUUUCGAUUCCUCGUGCUAUGAAAGGAAUGAAGAGUGCGAAAAUGUCUCAUACUCGGUUGAGCGGCGUCGAAGAAUCAAUGCUGAUGCAUUACCAGGGAAUCCUGGACACUGGACUCAAUUGGGAGAAGUUGAAAAUCAACCCGCCGACAGCGCAAGAAGUAGUAGUGAUGAAAUAGAAAAUGUCGAGAUAUCUUGUAUCCUGAAUGCAGCUGGAAUACUGCCUCUCGGCAUGAUCAGACUGGCAGAUAUUAUUCAAAUUCAGACAUCAGAACAUAAAUAA